UUUCCUCCCAAGCCAUCACUCCUUUUGCAUUGUGUGAAAACUUCGAGUUUUUUCUUCAUCUUCUCAAAGUAACAAACUUUCUCCAAACAGAUUAUUAAAAAACAAUCAAAUCUCAUCAAGAACUAAGAUGAAGUUUCCGGUUGUACAAUUUCUUAUUAUCUCUCUUCUCCUCACAUCUUCUUUGUUCAUGCUCUCAACCGCGGAUUCGUCACCAUGCGGCGGAAAAUGCAACGUGAGAUGUUCAAAGGCAGGGAGACAAGAUCGGUGUCUCGAGUAUUGCAAUAUAUGUUGCGAGAAGUGUAAUUAUUGUGUUCCUUCAGGCACUUAUGGAAACAAAGAUGAGUGCCCUUGUUAUCGCGAUAUGAAGAACUCCAAAGGCACAUCCAAAUGUCCUUGAUUAUGUUCUGAAGAUUAUCCUUAUAGACACAAUAUCCACAUUUAUAUCUAGAAAUGUUAAGAUUGUGCUUGAUGCAUAUAAUAAUGAGCUUGAUAUACAUUUUAUCUAUGAAUAUGUGAAAGAUCUUGACAAUGAAAUGAAAUAAAAUGAUUUUAUGUAU